AUGCCAUGCGUGCUGACCCUGCUCACUGAUUCCACAGUGAAAGAGCCUUAUGCGAUGGUCUCCAUGGAUUCUGAUUUUGAAACUGCAAAGAGAUGUUCCGUUCAAGAGGUUGAGGGGCAAAUCAAGAAGCUGACUGACAAGCAUGCGACGGGCACCCAGUAUAUCUCGAGCGAGGCCAUGUACGUUCAAGUGGUUCGCGGAGAAGGACCUCAAUUGAGUCUGAUCGAUCUUCCAGGCAUCACGCACAACGCAACAAAGAUGGCCGACAUUCAUGAGGUCACUGUACAGCUGGUGGAGCAGUACAUCAAGCCAGAAGAAAUGGUGAUCCUCUGCGUCAUCCCCGCCAUGUCUGACUUCGGCAACGCCGAGGUCGUGAAGUUGGCCAGAAAGUAUGAUCCUGAUGGCAUCCGCACAUUGGGCGUUGUUACAAAGUGCGAUGAUGCCGCUAGUGCAGAAGCUUCUGACAUUGUUGACAAGGUACUGAUGCGUCGAAGUUCGGAUGUGCGGUUAGAGCUGGGUUUUCAUGGCGUGGUGAACCGGUCACAGAGGAACAUUGACGAGGGCAUGAGCCGGCAAAAACUUUGGAACAAAGAAGAGCUUAUUUUUACCAAGAGUCAUCGCAUGAAGCUAUUGCCAAAAGAGAAUUGGGGCACAUCGCGGCUGAUGGAAAAAGUUGCAAAGAUUCAAGAGGCGCGUGUUGAUGAAUGUCUUCCCCGGAUGAAGGAGGCUGUGCGCAAGACACUUGGCGACCUUCGGGCGAGGUUGCGCGAAUUGCCACACCAACCAGAGACUGAGUCAGACCAGGCUAGGCUUUUCAACAGUAUCGUUGCUGAGAUUCGGCGAGAUUUGGGUCGUCGAAUCCGAGCGGAAUUCGUGAGUGCCAAGAGUUCUGACAGAGAACUGACUAUUGCGCCAAAAAUUGAUUCGAUGGUUCAGGAGUACAAGGCUGAUCUGCUUGCAAGAAAUCCUGAGUGGCUGCAGGAAGAGAUGAUUGAUGAGGUGGACUAUAGGGUGCGGACUUAUGCUAGGGGUUACACCGUCGACAACUUGAUCGGAUCCGAGGUCUUUCGAAAUCUCAUCAGGCAAACCUUCAUUGAAGAAGGGCUGCUGAAAGAAAGCAUUGAGGCACUGGUAACAGAGGACUCUCCUGAGGACUCUGAGGACUCUGAUGAGGAGUCCUUGCCUCAUGGCCCUUAUGCUGAGAAUUCAUCUUACCAGGAGCAAGAGCUGUCCGAAGAGUUCUUGAAGCUAGUCAAAGAAGCAGAAAACGUGCCAGGUAAAUUUGCCACAUUGGAGACAUGUGCCUCUUUGCAUGUCUACACUGGUAUAAUGAUCGAGGGACUUGUGGAAGAGUCAGCCAAAGUCAUCAAGUUCAAUGCGGUAGGGCGGCUGGCGGACAAGCUGGAGGAGAUUUGGAGAGAUGAGUUGGGGGCAAACUUACAAGAGCUCCUGGGUUGGCCUUUGUGA